CUCAAAAAAGACCCUGGGACCCCUCGAAAUACCCUAUUCGUUCAAGUGUUACUCUAUUCAAGACCGACAGAACGUCUCCAAUCAAAUAAUCAAUCGAUCGAUCGAUCAUCCUUCCUGAUCCCCUCAUAUAAUUACUCAGUAUUCCAUCUCCGUCACCUACAUACACUACUCACUCCCACCCACUUCACUCCUACAUACCCAUACAUACCACAGCCUCCCCCCAGACCAUACAGACCUCUUUCCCAGAGACCAACCCGCAGGUCAACUACAUAACGCACUCUAUAGCUUCCUUGCUAUACCAUCUGCACUCCGCCGAUUACCUAUCGUCUUCUUCCCCAUCCCAUCAGUCACUUGGGACAAGGCUAGCGAGCGAAUCUGGCGAUCGGCUUCAGAUCAGAUCUCAUCGAAGUGCAGAAUAUAUCCUGAACGAGCGCUUUCCACGAAACCAACCCACCUCCCCAAACUCGGACAUACUUCCUAGAAACCUCCCCAAUCAUCAUUGCAGGCCAAGGUGCCUCGUUGGAACGGAGAUUUCUUCUAUUAAGGGAUCCGCGGCCGAAAUAGCCCCCCACGAGUUCCGAUUAUCGACCUCGUCGUUAUCAAGGCAGCCUUGCGCCCCUCACAACCCAACACCCACCCACUUGGAUCAUCUGGGAUUUGUGGUUGCGCCGUAUCCACGUUCUCAGCUGAAGUGAAGCGCCAGUCGCCUUCAGAGAAUCUCCCUCCACUACCACCUACUCGAGCGCCAAACCACGUUGAUAUGGAAGUGUAAGAAGCAAGUUCACAGCGUAUCUAUAAACAAGACGGAUCCGACUUAAUCUUCACUUCAACCAUAUAUUAUUAUUAUAUCAUAUAUUCCCACCUACAAAACAAUGGCAACUGUUGCAACCAUGAGUCCCGCAAAGGCCUACGGACCGUAUUCUCUAGGAAACCGCCCUCCGCCCUCCCCAUACUCGCAACCUCAGUCCGCGCAACCGAGCCCAUACUCCGUCUCUGGUUUAAUAUCACCCCCAAUUUCGAACGCAGCAGAGUCGAGGAGGACAUCAGACGACCCAGCCGAAUACGCUCCACAACAACGGCAAUCGCUGCCAUCGAUAUCAGAGGCGAUCUUCAGAUCAAGCACACAAGCCCCCUCGCAACCUCCAGCCGCAGCCUCAGCACCAUCACAACAGUUCGCGAACCCGAAUCCCUUCGCCCACCCAUCUCCAACACCUACGUCCCGGUCAUAUAGCAGCGAGGGACCACCCUACUCGACGCAGCAGCCGAACCACUCCCAAUAUCCACAAAGGCCCUCACCACCACCUCUACAGCCGCCCUCCUCAUUCCCCGGCUACAACCACUUCAGCGCCCCAAACUCCGAUGCCCAAAGACACCAAUCUCUCCCUUCACUCCCGUCACUCCGCACCGCGCUACCCUCACAAACGAACCCCUUCCCGGCGCGCCAGCCUGAGCAAGCCCGAUACGAGCAGGCCCCGCGCCCAGGGGAGCGCCCAGAGAACCACGUACCGCGACGACACAACGAUCCCUAUUACGGCUACCCUACCGAUUCGACCGGAUACACACCAGAGUACUCUGCGCGACCUCGCUCUCUCCCAUAUUACAAUGGUCAAGGCCCGCCCAGCCGCGACGAGCCCAGGGGCAUAAAGCGUGAUUUGGAGAACGGGGAGCCCGAGCCAUCGAUGAUGUUCCAGAAGACCCUCCAACACAACCUGCGCAACCACGAUUUCGAGAUGGCCCUGAGCGAGCUCCAACAAUGUGGCACCGAGAUCUCCAAAAUCUCCGAAGACAUCCUCGACACCAUGCGCCGCAGCCAGCGCGACCCCGACGCCCAAGGUAUCCCCGUCAUGCGCUUUCACGACCCCAUGCUCGGAUGCCAGCGCAAGCUCGACGAGGCCUUCCACAACGUCAAGCAAUACAUGGCGCAGCAGCAGCGCAUUCUCGACGAUCAUCGCCAGCGUAACCAGAAUGGGGGUCCAGGGCCGGAGUAUGGAGGCGAGGAGGAGCAGUGGGGCGUUGAUAAGGAGCAGGGCUUUUCGGGGGGCCCGGAUCCGAAGAAGAUUAGGAGAGGUCGCGCUGCACCACCAGGACGAUGCCAUAGCUGUAAUCGCGCCGAGACUCCUGAGUGGAGACGCGGUCCAGAUGGCGCGCGUACGCUCUGCAAUGCGUGUGGACUUCACUACGCCAAGCUGACGCGGAGGAACGGGACGAAGCAGACACAGGGGAUGGUAGGAACAUCACUGCGCCCUAAGUCGCUGGAUGGCACGUCGCCGCUGUCAUAGGCGCUUUCACUUCACACACACACCGCCAGGCGCUGGGAAUGCGGAUAGGGAGGAGGGUAAUCAAUAUACGGAUUCGAUAGACGGAGCUCCUCAGCCUUACAGAAGGAGCGAUAGGGAUUAGAAUUGGCCUGGACAGCCUUGAGCGAUUUAAAUUGGGCUGGGUCCGGCUCAGGCGUAGAGGUGCCUUGGAGCAUAUCUACAGCCACUCACACACGACUGCAUCAUUCACAGCGAUGGAUGCCUGCCUUGACGGCAACAACUACUAUUAUUACGAUCACCAGCCACAGCGACUGGCUGGAAUAGACACCACUACCACACUACACCACAUCACAGACACCAAUACCUCGAUACCCCAUUUUCGGCUUCCGGGAUUCGGGAUUCACACAUUUUAUUUUUUUACCAGCAUUUGUUUGUACGCAUCUGUAUAACGCUGUCCACCACAUAUCGUAUCGUUGCGGCGCGACUGUUAUGUCAUAUAUCCGAGGAGAAGGAGGGAGGGCCGCAUACAUAUAGGCUUCUAGGCUGUGGGAAUAAGCUAGUAUAGGGGUGAUUAUUAGAAGGGAGGGACGGAGGUGGAAAGGGGCAUAGAUGGGAAUGGGAUGGGAUGGGAUGGGAGAUAUGGGAGUUAUUUUUGAGCGGGAUUUUUUACUUUGGGCAAGGG